AUGGCACGGAUGGCCUUAGCAGGAGCGAUUGCAGCGUUGACACCGAACACUUCCAACCAUCUAUACAGAUGCUUAGCAAGAUGCGUCACUCCGUUUCCAGCUGAUGUUCGUAUUUGGGGUUCCUCGCUGAUACAAUUGAAUCCGCAGCCAUCGCCUCUGCUGAUUCGUAAAAUCGUACAAGCUUUCGCGAGGAGGUUCAAGCGAGUGACGUUGGUUGCAAAUGGUCGCAAAGUUUCCGCAAACGGUAUACAGCUCAGUUCACUUAGACCUCAGCUUGCGGGCGGUGACCUAUUCAUAGCAGCACCUCAGCAGAGUGGCAAGACAUUGCUGUAUCUCCUGCCAGAGGCGAUUCGUCGUUCUUACGUAAAAUGCAAGGAUGUAGAUAAAGUGGCGCAUAAAACACUCAUUUUGGUGCCCACAGUAGACCUUGUCUUGUUAGGCAGCAGGAAUGCGGCUGGAGUUCUGCGGCAAACAUGCAGCGUGCUUGCACUAUAUUAUAAGGAUGUCUUAAGCGGUCAACACAGAGAUCUCAUACCAAGAUCCGAUGUUAUAUACACAACUCCACAUUGCGCCCUCAAAGCUAUGCUGGCAACGCCUUCACUCUUUGAGGAUGUUAAGACAGUGGUCCUUGAUGAAGCGCAACGGCUCUUACAGGCUCAAUCAUUGUCAACCGUUCUAAGGUUAAAGGCGCUGCUGAAACCGCAUAUUCAGACGAUUAUAUUGGCGCCUCGCAAUGAUAAUAUUGUUAGAGAACGUGUUAGCAGAGCAUUAAGGGUGGAUAUGAAGGUUAUAUCGUUCUGCCCGGAACAUGACGGUUCACCAGUGACGCGGCAUAUAUGUGGGCCGCAACGCAGUGCCUAUUUCGAUGCUGUAAUGAAGUCGGAUUCCAACGUAAAUGCGCCUGUGCUGCCAAUGCCUGCAAUAGAACUGAAGGCGCAAGAGCACAAGAAACGGAUUAUAGAGCAUUCCAGGUCAAAGGAAUUGUUUGUCGACCACCGUUACCGAUGCGAAUAUGUCCUGUACGACCCAUCCAAACUCUGCCAAAUGAUACAUGCGACUUUGACGAAGAGCGGUAAAACGGUGUUUUUCUAUCCCACUGUAAGAAUGGCACAAUUCUGCUACGUCUACUUUAAACACUGUCUGAAAAUAAAAAAACCCAUGUACGCGCUCCAUGGGGGAUUAUCGCAAGAGAAGAGAAGAUACGUAAUUGAUGUAUUUACAUCUGUAGACGAUGGUGUGCUGUUUUGUACAGACAUAGCGUCAUUGGGGCUAAAUUUGGGUGACGUCGAUUUCGUUGUACACGUCGGCGCACCCGAAUCCGUGGAUGUAUUGGCUGAUCGCGUUGGUAUGGUUAAACCCAAAGGAUGUGACUGUAGUAAUUUGUUGUUACUCCAUGAUCUCGAUGCUCAUGUCCUCUACGAAGCAUCGCAGCUGAAUUGCGACAUAAGGCCAACGCAAAGUAGUCCUGACCAGGGCACAAGUUUUGAUGUGCCACGAUCGUGGGUUGACAAUCCAUGCUACAGUGCUUCUUGUGAGCUCAUGUACCGAUCUCUUUUGGGGUAUUACUGCAACCAUGCCAUGCGGCUAAAAUUCCAGCGUUGGCAGGUGCCCAGUCUUGUCUGCGAGAUUCUUCGUUCGUUCGGUUAUACGGAUACAUUUAGCGUGAGCCAUCAAUUUGCGUCCAGACUCCAGCUGUGGGAUGCUCCCGGGCUUGUGGUAGAUAGGCAAUCGAAGCGCAAAACAGAACUACAGGCAGCAGCAGCGGGAUAUCCCGGAUUUCGAUCGAGAGCUAUUCAGACCCACACUGCUGAUGUCGACGAAGUAUACAGGGCCGGGCGACCAAUAAUGGACGUUACAAAGGUCUAUGCCAGCAAGAUAUACACUCCAACGGCAACAGUUUGCCAAGAUGCUUGA